GUGUCCUAGAACGUCUAUUGGAACAUCUAUAACUUCUUUCACGAGAAGGAGAGUGGGACCUGGACCUGCAUGUGUCGAACGAUGGCUUUGUCGAGGUGGCAUAGAAGGAGAAACUGAUCGAUGUCGAG